GCACAAUGGAUAUUAGAGAUAAUCAUUGGAGUCGCCACGUGGCUAAUUGGUCUUCCCACGUGAAGAGGGCCAUCAUUUCGCACGUGGAGCUGAUGACUGCCACUGGUAGCGCUGACCUGUCGGCCUCUGAGGCUGCCCCCCUUCUCAUGUCCGUCCUUGGCUAUGACGACAUCUUCCCCUCCCCUUCUUCUUCUUCUUCUUCUUCUUCUUCUUCUUCUUCGUUUUCUUCUUCUUCUUCUUCUUCUUCUUCUCUGUGCCUCGUCGACAAAAUGAGAGGUAGAAGAGGUCAUCAUCAUCUAAUUAUGAGCAUGAGCAUGAGCAUGAGCAUGAGGAGCUAUUUUUGGCCAAUGGAUAAUGUGCGACAGGUUUAUGGUGGUUCCUUGACCAAGAUGAGCAGAAACCGGGAUCUGCAUGGUGCGCAACGUUGCGCUUCGAGGUUGGAGACAACUAGGAGAGGAGGGGGUUUUCAUCAUCGGAAUCGCAGAAGCUGUUCUCUGGUUCGUCGAGCAGCUGCCGGCGAUGGUGGAGAUGGCGGCGUGCAGGAGGAGUUCUCUGAGGAAGACGAAGAUUACGUAGAUGCCACUGUUGUGGAGGCAGUUGAAGUUCAAUCAGGGCUUGAUGGCUUCUAUAUGAAGAUGUACAAUGGGACAUACGUCAAAUGCAUUCACAACUCUGCAACCGGAGGGCGUCUUCCUGAUUAUCCAUCGCAGCCAGCGAUCGUUCUCAAGUUGAACGAUGGGAGCGAUCUCUUGUUGCCGAUUCUUGUUCUUGAAUUACCACAGACUAUGCUUAUGGAAGCAAUUCAUGGAGUUCCAUUGGUGCGUCCAACAGUUUAUCACGUCAUCCGGGACUUGGUGGAGAUAAUGCAAUACGAGGUGAAGCUAGUAAGAGUCACGCAUCGCGUGAUGGAGGCAUAUCAUGCUCGAAUAUACUUGAAGUCAUGGGGAGAUGGGCAAAUCAUCAGUUUGGAUAUGCGCCCGUCAGAUGCUGUUAACUUGGCAGUUCGGUGCAAGGUUGCAAUUCAGGUCAACAAGCACUUGGCGGCAGGUGAUGGAGUGAGAAUUGUUCAAGAUUCACAUCGCACAGAGGGACGAGUUAGUCAUAAUGUCGACCUGGACAGUCCUGAAGAAAAAAACUCCUUUGAAUCCGAGGAGUUUGUAUUGGUGCGGAAUAUGAUUGUUGCUGCUGUCGAAGAACGUUAUAACGACGCAGCGAGGCUCAGAGAUCAGUUGAAGAAGCUACGGUCAAAGCAGUCAAACCAAGAGGCUUGAGAAUGACGCGACCGAUAUGUCAACUAUGGCUGCAUUCAUCAGCUCCUGUAAUCACAUUGGGCAGUAGACAGUUGCCGUGGGAGAAGGAAGACAGAAAGACAGGCAGAGGCAGGCAGGCAGGCAGGCAGGCAGGCAGACAGACGGGCAGGCAGGCAGACAAACAGACGGGCGGACAGGCAGGAGAGACAGAGACAGACAAAUAGACAGAACGGACGGAGGCAGAAACACAGACACAGACACAGACUUGCACAGAGACAGAGGCACGGACAGGAAUUGGCUGUGCAAUUUGAAGAUGGCAUGUAAGUUGAGGUAACUGGCAUGCCUUUAGUAUUGGAUAAUUGAAGCCUACAUGUCUUCCGAGAAACGAGGAAGUAGGCGCUAGGUAACAAUGUGCUGCUGCUGUCGCUUCCUUGCUGGCAUUUCACAUUGUGCGAUCUUCAAGCAAGUUAGCAUAGCACGGUGUAUAUACCCCUGUACAUACACCCGGCAAGAAAAGUUUCGACCUUGAUGAUGCCAUUUCAUUGCAUUUACUAUUGACUUAAGUUAUUAUUGAUUAAUUAAACAGUGUAUGUAGUUGAGGACAAGAUUGGAGGGGUGGCGAGAUUUGGAGGAUAUGGCGAGAUAGGUAGGUGCAUCGGUACUCCAUCAAGGGAGUGAGGGCACCUUGUGAGAGCAGUGUUCUCUGAGCAGAAACAGCACAAGCUUAUUGCUUACGAUCUCGUCGAGAUUGUUGCUGAUAGGGCAAUGGAGAUGUGGCAUAGACAUUGUAAAUUCCAUGUAGGGUGGACUGAGAGGUUGCGCUAGAGAAUAUACCAUUCAAUAUAUAGAGAGUUGAUUCCCACAACCCACACACACACACAGACGCACACACACGGAUUAUUAUAUAAUUAUAUACAUCCCAAGGGCUCGGUGGAUGUUCUCAGGUCUGCUGGGAUUUUGCAUGGAGUUUUUUGUAUAUAUACGGGCUUUGUGCAGGGGGAAUUAUCUUCUCAUACAACUUAGUCAUUAAAGAGGUUCUCUUAGGAAUCUAUCUGAAAUUUCAGCUCUGGAGAUCACUAUGUGUUUACUGUGACAUGUCAUGCCUCACAUAUGGUGAUAUAUCAUUUGUCUGAGACUCUUUAGUUAUGGGCUAUUUUGAAGCUAUGUUCAGUUCUGAGCUAAUUUGAAGCUAUAUUAGUUCUGAGUCUUCUGACUCUUCUGAGCUGUUUUUAGUUCUGGCUUUCUUUGAGGCUACCUUUAGUUCUGAGCUGAUCUUAAACCACAAGUACACGGCCCCAGCCUUGCGGUCCGGAACUUGUCGCCACAAGAAAACGAACGAGGCCGUAACGUCAAAUGCUGGGCCCGCCAUUGAUAAAUUCAAUCGGCGGUC